AUGGGCUGUUCUGGUUCUAAAGCUGCCACUGUGCAUGAGAUCAAGACGCCUCAUACGAGUCAGAUUGCGGCUGCAGAUGAGGCUGAGACCCCGGCUACGGCAGCAGUGGAGGUGACUAAGCAGGCGAUGGCUUCUGUUGAACCGGCUACACCGGCAUCAGAGGUGAUAGCAGACAGAGUUUCGGCCGACAGUGACAAGACUGAGACCUCGCCCGAGCCGGCGGACCCAACGUCUAGAGAGUUCCCGCCGGUGGUGUUGAGCUUCGACAUCGACGAGUCCAUCAAGGAAGUCGAUAUGCCGCGAGGUAUCAAGUAUCGCGGUGACUGGCAGGCUGGUAAGCAACAUGGUGUGGGUUUACUGACUUAUCCUGACGGGUCAACGUACUUGGGUGAGUUUGCUGAUGGGAAGCCAGAGGGACAAGGUAUUUACACUAACAAGGAUGGGUCGAGAUUGGAGGGUAGUUUCAAGGAAGGGCGCGCGAACGGUUACGGUGUUUACACAUUUGCGGAUGGGUCACGCUACUACGGCCCAUUCGUUGAUGACAAGCGUGAGGGGCGCGGCCGGGAGGUGCAGGCAAAUGGCAUGGAGUACAUUGGUGAUUAUAAGAAGGGCCGACAGCACGGCCGAGGUCACUUGAAGGCACCUAAUGGCGACGUAUACGAGGGCGAUUUUUGCAACGGCGAGAUCGAAGGCCAAGGCGUCUACACCUGGCCGGAUGGACGUCGCUACGAAGGCCAGUGGCAGAAGUCCGUACAAUGCGGCAAGGGACAACUUACCUGGCCCGAUGGACGUGUAUAUACUGGUGACUAUAAAGACGGAAAGAGCAACGGAAAAGGAGUACAGAUCUGGCCGGAUGGGCGCAAGUAUGACGGAGAAUGGAAGAACGGUCUCGAAAACGGCAUCGGAAAAUACUACGCAAGACGCGGAGAAUACCGCGAAGGCAAGUUCCUCGACGGCGUCCGUAUCAAGUGGCUCGGCGAACCUGUCGUCGUAGACGAUUCCGCCAACGAUCAACUCCCGGUCCCUGAAGCAACUAAAACUGAAGCGAACAAUACACAAGGCGGCAUGGACGACUUCCUCGGGGGCAAGCCACACGCCGGUUAG